UAUAUAUAUAUACGUAUAAAUAAUAAAAAAAAAAUGGGAAGAGGGAAAGUAGAAUUGAGGAGAAUUGAUAACAAAAUAAAUAGGCAAGUAACAUUUGCAAAGAGAAGGAAUGGUUUGCUUAAGAAAGCUUAUGAACUUUCUGUUCUUUGUGAUGCUGAAGUUGCUCUCAUCAUCUUUUCUAGCCGUGGUAAACUCUAUGAAUUCUGCAGCUCAAACAGUAUGGCGAAAACAUUGGAGAGGUACCAAAGAUGUUGCUAUGCUUCACUCGAAACAGGAACAACUCAAUCUUCCAACAACAAUAACGAGAAGAACUACCAGGAAUAUCUCAUGUUGAAAACCAAAGUGGAUAUUCUGCAGCGCACACAAAGGAAUCUUCUAGGGGAGGAUUUGGUGGAAUUGAGUAUCAAGGAACUAGAGCAGAUCGAGCACCAACUAGACAAAUCCUUGAAACAAAUCAGAUCAACUAAGACCCAACUUAUGCUUGACCAACUUGCAAAUCUUCAAAGAAAGGAGGCCAUGUUGAUGGAGUCUAACAGAGCUUUGAAGGCAAAGUUGGAAGAAACUUGUGUAGCGGUUAGGAGGCUACAAUGGGAUGUCGAUGAGGCAGAGGCACGGGAUAAUAAUAAUAAUAAUAAUAAUAAUAAUAAUAAUAAUAAUAAUAAUAAUAAUAACAAUAAUAAUAAUAAUAAUACACCUUAUGUUCGCCAAGCUGGCGAAGGUUUCUUUCAGCCGUUACAAUGCAACGAUAAUUCAAGGAAAAUGCAAAAAAAGGGAGGAAAAUCAUGGUGGUGGUUGAUUCAAGCACCGAGGCAAAAAUUGCUCUUCAAUGGACACUUACUCAUACGGUUCAAAAUCAUGAUCUUAUUGUUCUUCUCUAUGUUGCCAAGCUCAACACCAACACUACUAAUCAAGGAUGAUACGAGAAACAAGAUGUCAUCAAAGGUUUAUGAGUUACUACACUCUAUGAAGAAGACUUGUCAAUCUAAGAGACCAGAGGUAAAAGUGGAGGUAAAAUUGGCACAAGGUAAAGAAAAGGGACCCACCAUAGUAGAAGAGGCAAGAAAACAAGAGGUGUCCUUAUUAGUUUUGGGCCAAAAGAAGCUGUCAACAACAUGGCGGCUGUUACUAUUAUGGGCCACCAACAAGGUGGCUGCCGGUGGCGUUGGUGGUGGCGGAAUGGUGGAGUAUUGCAUACAAAAUGCAAGUUGUAUGGCAGUUGCAGUAAGAAGAAAGAGCAAAAGGGUAGGAGGAUAUUUGAUCACCACUAAGCGUCAGAAAGACUUUUGGCUCUUAGCUUAAUUAUUAUCAUUGUUUAUUAUUGAACAUGUUUUUCUUUUUUUCACUUUUGUUGAAUUGUUUAGAGUGAGUGAGCUCAAUUUGGUUGAACUAUAUAUAUAUGUAAUUACAUAACAUGUUUAUAAUAAUGUUCAUAAUCAAACCAAUUAAACAACCUUCUUGUCUUUGAA